AUGAUCUCAUCAUCACCAUCCAGUCGUUGGCCCUGUCGUCUUCUGGACUUUCCGGAGAGCCAUUUUACGUCGCCAUCGAAGGAAAAGCGACGGCUUGUUCGAGAUCCGAGGCUAUGCGAUCGUGAUACGACGGCGAGAAGACUCGUGAUGGCUCGAGCAAGGUGGACGAACAAGCAUGCUCCCUCCGGCGUGUUCGAGAUUCGAUGUUGCGUGACCGUGACGCGAUGGCAAGGAGACGCGUGA